AAUGAGUGAACUGGAGCAAUUAAAGGAGCAACUCAAAGUCAAAGAUUCAUCAUUACAAAGCAUAGAAAGUGAGAGGCUCAAGUUGACCGAGGUACUUCAGGAAAGUCAAGAUAAAAUAAAAAUUAAAAUUAAGGAAAGAGAUGAACUGAAAAGGAUGCAGGAGUUUCUUCAAAUGGAGAGACACCAACUCAAAGAAAACAUUAAAGAAGCUGUAACUGAAGAGCACCAACAAACCAUUAGUACAAGGAAUAUUCCAAAGGAGACAGACCAAGAAGCAAAUAUUGAGAGAGAUGUAGAAAAUUCAGAUGCUGAAUCACAAGAAAAGAUUCAAGAACUUCGGGAAAAAGAACAUCAGCUUCUUAAGAUGAAUGCUGUCAAUGAGACUCAGGAAAAAAUAUGGGACAUGGAAUACUUCAAGAACCAGUUUGAGGCCCAAAAGUCAACUCUGGAAAAUAUAGAAAUGGAGAAUGUAAGGUUAACUCAGAGACUUCAUGAAAACCUUGAAGAAAUGAAAUCUGUUACAAAAGAGAGAGAUGAUCUUAAGAGUAUAGAGGAGACCCUCAAAGUAGAGAGAGACCAGCUCGAGGAAAACCUGAGAGAAACUGUGAUUAGA